GGCAUGGAGGCCGGGUGCUGGCUGCUCGGCGGCGACUUCGAAGACUCGGUGUUCGAGGGGAGGCCAGAGCGGCCGGCGGGCCCGCCCCCGUCGCACCGCGCCAAGCGCUGCGAGCCGCAGUGGUUUGAUGAAGACACAGAGAGCAGUGAUGAUGUUGAAGCUCUCACUAUCAAGAAAUUCAGAGGGGACCUGGCCUAUAGACGACACGAGUAUCAGAAAGCACUGCAGGAAUAUUCCAGUAUCUCUGAAAAAUUGCCAUCUAACAAUUGUGCCAUGAAAAGGGAUGUCCAGGAAGGCCAGGCCCGGUGUCUGGUUCACCUGGGAAGGCCUGCAGAGGCACUGGAGAUCGCUACAAACCUGGAAAGCAAAGCAACCAAUACCGACCAUCUGACCGCUGUGCUGUACCUCCAGAUUGCAAUUUGUUCAAGUUUGCAAAACUUGGAGACAACAAUUUUCUGCCUACAGAAACUAAUUUCUUUGCAUCCUUUCAAUCCUUGGAACUGGGGCCAGUUGGCAGAGGCGUACCUGAAGCUGGGGCUGGCUCUCUCGGCUUCCUUUGCAUCAUCUCGGGAUAGUUUUGCCUUCAGUGACAAAACGAGCAAGUCUUCCUUUCCACACUCAGGAAAAGACUGUCUGUCAUGUUUCCCUGAGAUGUUGCCUGCAAGCUCUGUGUUUUCUGUGGAGGCAAGCAGCACUAACAACCACAAGAAUGAAGAAGCUCUUACAAGCACUCAAAAUGGCAGGGCAGAAAAGAGAGAAGUGUUGCUGCUGGAGACGCAGGUGAAUGCGUGUGCCUCGUUUAUCCGGACCAGGGCACCUCUGUUUUUCAGGCUUUUGCUUCAGCUCAUCCAGUCUCAGCAAACAUCCUUUGCUCUGGAGAGGAACUUGAGGACUCAGCGGGAAAUUGAAGAUAAAAUGAAAGAGUUCAGCUUCAAAGAAGAUGCUUUGCAGUUGAUAGCUGAGGUUAUGGGGGAAGAUAUCGUCCCAGAAAAAAAAAAAGAUGAGACUCACACGGAGGUGAAGUGCAUUGGCUCUGCAGCUCUGGCUGCCUUGGUGAUUGCAUCUUCGAAAGAAUUUGAAGACAAAUGGUUCGGAAAGAUAAAAGAGCACUUCUGCCCUCUUGAAAGUCAGCUCCGUACAGAGACUCAGGUCUUGGCUUCACGGUCCCUAUAAAAACAAAACAUCUUGCCCUGUAUUAAUUGUCCUUGUUUACUUCAGACAGGAUUCACUGCCAAUCAUGGAAUAUGGUGAAUUACAAAUGAUUUUUUAUGUUUUAUAGAAAUGGCUUCUGUCCCAGAUUAUUUCUACUGUAUUCAGUUUCUUGAUUUUUUGUUUUCUUUUUGGAUUUUUGCCAUCACUUGUGGGUACUGUAUCUUACCUCUUAGAAAAUAUCUGUUGAGGAAUUUUAUAGAAGAGAUUUUCAGGAUUUUAUAAUCUUUUUAAAAGCUACUUCAUUGUAACCAGCAUGGCAAGACCACAUUGUCUAGAUGAUUCAUCAGAAAUGACCAGGAUUGCUGAAAUGUGAUCGUAAGCCGUUUCUAAGAAGGGAUUUCUAAGAUCCGGAUCUGUGAGGGCUCAGGUUUCCCUAGCCAGGAGGCUAACCUGUCAGUUCAAGGGUGCUGGCAGGAGACAGAAGAUGCCAGGACCACGACAAAGGACUUGAUUUAUUCCUCAUAGCCCAGCAAACAGGAUAGGGGCGAGGCACAUGGGCCUGAGCGAGUGACAGCACACACAGUAGGUCGGUGACAGGAGAGGGCCUGAGCCUGGGAAACUCAAGCUUUCAUUGCAGGCCCGUGGGCUGUCAGCGCACCGGCCUUGUGCUCCAGAAGGAGGCAAUCUCUCCUCCUCCAAGGCUGUUAGCUGUGCAGACAACCUUGAAAACAUCGUCUGGGACAGAGGGCAGACGGGCAGAGACCCGGGGAGCACCGGCUCACAGGGCGAGCAGCCUCUCCGUUCAGCCCCACAAACUGCAGUCCCAGUCUGUACACCUUCACGUGUAAAGCGCCACUCUGGAAGAGCGCCCUCACGAGGAGUGGAAUUUCACAACAAACCAAAAAUGUCAUCGAAUGUCGUGCCACACAACUCUUACUUGCUUUUUCUCUGCACAGGGUAGAGAAUUCCAGCCCUGGGCAGAGAUGCCCGGGACGUCCCCCCACUUUGCCUGCUCAUUCCGUGUUUCCCAGGCCCCUUCCCCAGACUGGCAGAGGCCUGGUCUGGUUCACGUGUGGACUCCUUUUAGGAAGGGCGAGUGAUCUUGACGAGCAAUUGCAAGUUUAGUCAUUUAAUCUCCCAUGUGAAGCCUUGUAGGAUUAAUAGACAUUCCAGUGUCUAGGAACUGUUAACAAUGGGGAGACUCCCUCAGCAGCUCUCCACCACCCUCCAUCCAUGGAGUCAGUCGCAGUCACUCCUGUGUGCUACCUCCUGUGGCUACGGUGGAUGCCCGGGUAUCGGCUGGUUGAGGGUGGCCCUGGGGCUGAAGCCCCACCUGGCGCACAGCUGGCCACACUCCUCACCAUGUAGCCUUUGGCUCCCUUGGGCUUCGUCUUGCCCCAGAACCUGGGGGUGUCCAUAACAUUCCCCUUUAGGCCUUCACAUCGGCCACUCAGUCGGGAGCCUCUCCCCACCCCCACCAUGUGGCUAAAUGACAGUCAGCUUUCAUGUCGCCCCUUAGUUUUGACCUUUCGGGGUCGUGGUCCUCACAGGUUGUGGCUGGUCUCACUCUUGUGUUCUUCUCUCCCAUGCGGGCCCUUACUACUCUCAUGUCAUCUCUCCGCUGCAUAAAAUCAGAAACUAGGACUGUUUCAUAUUUGUGCCCACACAAUGUCUGGCACCCCACUAAACAUUUGUUGAAAAGAAUUACUGAAUUAACCAGCCAGCAUCUUACUUUGCGCUAAAGGUUAAUACCCCAGAGGUCCCACACUUGAACCCAAGCACCCUAUUUCUCUUCCUAUAACCAAACCCCCUUCCUCUUGUUCCUCUCAGCUUCCUAGAAAUGCCCUUUUCUCCUCUAGCCUCUCUCGGCUGCCUGUCUCCAUCCCAGACCCCUUGCCAGCUUGGCCCACGCCAUUCUCCGGCCUUGCUGCCCGGAUGCACGUCAGCCGCCUGAGUGGCUCCCUGAUCUGCUCACCCCCCCCCCACCUCCUGCUCACACCCCUGGCAGCAGUGUGCCCCUGCGUGUGGGACCCAGCCUCCCCCACUCCGGGGCCUGGGCGGUAGGUGAUGAAGGGCGGGAGAGGGCACACAGGAAGACAGGGCACUUCUGGGUUUCGUCACACGAGUCAUCUUGAUCAUUUCCAGCACAGAUGGCGAAUAUAAUUAAUUGAGCAAUGACUGUACCAAAGAAAAUUCUUAAGCCUGCCUAUGGAGACACCCCCACCCUCCUGUCAAUGAGUGAUUCACUCAGAAGGUGAGCGAAUGUCAAGCACAGAUGUGACUGCUGGCUCUCGGCUGGCCCCGGCGGGAGUGCGGAGGGAGGCGUCCCCGGGGAAAUUCCUGCCUUUAUGCUCUGGGAAGGCCUGUCUUUGGCCUUUCUCCCACAGGGGAGUCUGCCGCUCUUGGAACUGGCGAAAGCCCUCCGUCCUUCACACUGUUACACACUGCAACCUCACCCUGAGGCCAAGGGAUUGAGGAAAUCAAAGUGGGAUCUCAGAGUCCUUCAGGGGUUUCCCAGGCCCUUCGUGGGGCCCUGGCCUGCUCCUCCCCAGCUCCUCCCCCUCUGGGUUUUGUGCCCAUUCUCGUUUCCUCUCAGGUGCUAGAACUCUUCAGGCUUCUUUCCACCCAAGCCCUUUCCCCAUCCAGGUACCUCUUGGAAUAGUCUGAAAUCUUCCACCCCCCCAUAGACGUCUGCUGGCUGUCAGUUCAGAGGUCACUCAGACAACGUGUUCCUGACCCCAGACUUGCUCAGGCCUCCCUUUAAAAUGUCUUAAUACCUGUGUCUUUUUUUUUUUUUUCCCUAUUGGAAUUUUUUUCAAAAAGUUUUUGAUUUUUUUCAUAGAACAGGGGUGUAGGCUAGUGGUGUGGGGGGUGAGAAGACUCACCAGAGACAUAGUAGGGAGAAAAACAGGCAGAUCUAUUGAAAUACACUGCUAAGGGGAGCAGUGGGUGAGACGGAAGAGGUCUGUGCCAUAUGUGCCUGGCCAGGGAUCGAACUCAGGCAAUAGUGGUGACAGUGCUGAGAUGUAACCCCUAGGCCACCAGGGAGGCCCUGGAAUUUCUUUUUUUUUAAAUAGAGAUGACAUUGGUCAUCUGUGCAACAACACUGUGAUGCAGAGGUAGAGGUCACACCCCCCCAGGUGUUUGUUACAAUACCACACUCACCACCAGGGCUCCAUAGUCCCUAGGGUCCCCCCACAUUCCCCUCACCACCACCCCCCCCCCCAGAAACCUCUAUUUUAUAUUCAUAUUUCUAGGAUUUGUUUUUUUGGUUUUGUCGGUGCCUACAUUUUGUUUCUCUAUAGUCCACAUAUGUGCAAAACCGUCUGGUGUUUGUCUUUUUCCUUCUGACUUAUUUCACUUGACGUUAACGCCUCCAGCUCCAUCCAUGUUGUCACAGAUGGCAUCAGUUCACCUUUUUUGAUUGCCAGUAGUAUUCCAUUGUGUACAUAAAUCACAUCAUUCUGAUCCACUCAUCUGUCCUUGGGCACAGAGGUUGUUUCCGCAACUUGGCUGUUGUAAAUAGUGCUGCAAUGAACGCAGGAGUGCAUCUGUCCCUCCAGAGUAGUGUUGAUGCAUUCUUCAGCUAGAGGCCUAGGAGUGAAAACCUGGGUCAUAGGGUAGAUCUGCUUUUAACAUUUUGAGGAACUUCCCUAGAUUUUCCGUAAGGGCUGGGCCUGUCGACAUUCCCACCAGCAGUGUACCAGGUUGCCUUUUCCUCCAUGUCCUUAUCCACGUCCUCAUCUUUUGGAUACAGGUGCAAGGUGUUACCUCAUUGUGGUACAAAAUGUUUGCUGGUGUAAUCAAAUGAAUUCUCCUGCUUGGUCUCAGGCUGCCUUGAGUUUGGCCCUUUCUGGUGGAGCUGGGCUCCAUGGACAUGCCAGGCCUCCCCAGGCCUCAGGCUCCAGUAGGGAAGCCUGACCUGGUGAACCAGCAGCUGUGGGUCUGUCCCUACACAGCCCCCCUGCCAUUGCCAAAGCUGCCCCUGCCACCUGUGCGGCCCCACGUCUCCACAGAGAUGUGCUGUAUUUCAGAAACAUCCUGGACAGAAACAAAUCCAAGUCCACUGCUUACUAAAAAGAUGGUUUAAAUAGUACCUUUCUAGGGCUUCUGAGAUUUCACCUACAAAGUAGUUUACAUUCUACU